GUCGCUCGCCAGUAUCUGUGUAAUAGUUAAUGGAAUCUUCACGGUUCGUAUUGCUUUUUGAUCGAACUGAAUGACUGUGACUGGGGUAUUUCAAUAUUGGAUAUACAACUCGAUGACUGUUUUGUUAUUGGUAUAGUGGUCAAAUUAAUAUUGGAUAACAAUGGAGGGACUCCUGGAUGAGGAGCGUCCCGAGACGCCCGCCGAGAACUACGCUGAUAUUCCCAAUGAGGUAACCAUCGAGGAACAUGCUGAAUUUCCCUCUGAAGUACCCACCGAGGAACACACUGAAAUUCCCUCUGAGCUACCCAUCGAGGAACACACCCAGGAAGACACACGACGAGUACACGAACAUCAAGAGAGAAAAUGGAUUAAACCGGUGCUAAAAAAACCUAACAGCAGGCGAGAGUCGAUCAAACUAAACGUGCGUGUAAUAUCCCCGGGGUUAGACAUAGAGAAGGAUUUCGAAAUUCCGCAUAAAGUGUAUCGCGAACCAAACAGCAGACCUACCGUGAACGUAAGAUGGAGUUCUAGUGAUCGGUCGGGGAUACGGUCACGUGAGGGUAAAAGUCAAUCACGGCCACAGUCUCGACCGCAUAGGCGACACACGGUAUCUUUGCCGAACCCGCCUUUUGUUGUCAACAAUGAUCCGACAGAUAUUAAGUAUCGUGAACUGGACGUAGAAACACAUGCACGUUCGGAACAUGUAGACAAAAGUGAUGAAAGUGCGAACUCAUCGGAAGAAAUAACGACACCUAAACCUGGGAAAAGACUUCAACGGAACAGCAUACAUUCAAUUCAUUAUACCCCAAGGUUACCGAAGCCACAUAGGAGGAUUAUUCGCUCCAAUACUAUACCAGAGUUUUCGUUAGAGAAUAUUGAUAUCAAAAGGAUACAUGAGGACAACUUGGUACGGAGACAGUUGGAACUAUCUCUGAAACAACGCAGUCACACCGUGCCUUUUGAGGUUUCUUCAAAACCUUCAACCUCGCUUUGGAAACAAAUUGACAGAUGCUCAUUACUGCUUAAGGGCAAAGAUCCGUUUCUCUUUGAUAAAGGGUCUACAGAUGACAUAAAGGCGUCCCUUUCAGACGCAAGAAGGAAAAGUGUGACCCAGUCAGGUUUGUGGCAGCUUGCAUCUUCGUCUGUUUACGAAUUUAAGGCCCAAAAAAGUCACGACUUCAGCGACGUAGCCAUGGCACUUGUCACCAAACAGCAAGCUGUCGAAAAGAUGCGACAUAAAAUAGAAAAGAAGAUGGACCUUCCAGAAGGCAGAUUUGCACGUAUAGCGGCUUUGAAACAGAAAAUGAAUUCCAUAGAAAGACGAUUCAAAACAAUGAAACUUAUCAACUCUUCUUCUAAAACAAUAGAUACUAAGAUAGAUGACUUUAACGAAGAAGAAGAUCAUCAACCGAAAUUCUCAAAACCAGGCGAGGCCAUGGGGUUCUUCCGCAAGUGUAGCCGUAUGAUCAUGAUUGUUCUCAAGUGGAUUGACCUCAUCAUGGAUGAUCAGAACCGUCUGGAGAAGGAGCUUAAGUCCUUUGUGGAUAUAGCUAACGAGGUUGAGGCAUCCACAGUAUCACAAUCCAUGCUUGACAGCGGGCUCUCCUUUGACAAGAAUAUGUUCAAAGCCAAACGGGAGAUUUCCCUGACUUCUGAUCACAGGAAGACACUCACCACAAGGUGGAACUGUCGUAGUCCGGAAAUGAUCCAACAGGUGAUGCACGGUCUACAAACCCUCCGGUCACUGUCUGAGUACCCACUUCGCACACAGGAAAAACUCUGCAAGGUGGCGUGGUACCAAACGAUAGGCCCGAAGAAGGCUAUUGUCAGACAAGGCCAUAAGGCCGAGUCGUUCUACUUCAUCCUAUCUGGAAAUGCAUACGUGAAAAAGCUGACAUAUGACGAGAAGACAAAGGAGACGCGUGUGAAUACUAUGGCGAGGCUGACAAAAGGAAUGAGCUUUGGGUUUUCGUGGGAGGACGGGGAAAUAGGCCUGAUAUUCAACACACUGCGGACUGCUACCGUGGAAAGUGCAUCCCCGAUGGAAUUGCUCGUAAUUGGCAAAGAAGACUUCAACAAAAUAUUUAUGAAGGCAGAAAACCCAGACGAGGAAGCCGAGCACGUACAGUUCCUCCGACAAGUUCCACUGAUGCAGACUUGGCCGAUAGAAAAGCUGGAGAACGAACCAGGAGCAUGUCUGUUGCAUUAUUUCAAAAGGGGCACUUUGAUAACAGAGGACGGGAAAACCAGUGAUUGGUUGUACUUUAUUAAGUCCGGGUCGUGUGAAGUUCUUAAAAAACUCAAAUCGACAAAAGCUAAAAAGGCUGGUCAAGUGCAAAGGAAAUUGGACCCAAUGUGUGACGUUAUAUUGCCAGAGUUGGGGAACACGCCCACUCCAAGGGUAAAUACAGGGCAGACGAAGAAGAGACGGGAGUUCCAAAUGUCACCUGAAGUAUUUGAUGACAUGUCUAAGUACUACGAUCAGCUCAAAAAGAAAAUAAUUGGGGAACAAGUCCAAGAAAAGGCUAGACUGGAUAGACAGGAUGUUCCGACGCCUGACCCAGAAAGGGUCAAAUUGACACUCCCCCGCCUCUACGGCACCAACCACCCUGGGCACUUGGUGACCUUAUGUGAGGAGGACGAGGAGAGUGUGGAGAACCGCAUCCCCAGCGGGUUUUCUAGUGUGAAAAGUUUUGAUUUGCGGAUUCCCCCAUACAAGUGCCCAAAUCCCGAGGACGCUCCAGCGGGGGUAUCAAAAAGCCCUCUGGACAAAUAUACCAAAGUCACUCUCGGCAAAUUGUCAGCACAUUUUAUGUUUCCAUCAACGGAUACAAUGCAGUCAAUGAAACCCUCUCCUAGGGACUCCCCGGACUUUCAGGAACAGCUUACCAGUCGACGAGAAAACAUCUUCGUUAUGAUAGAACUGUUGCAUCCUAAGGACUCCUUCGGUAUCAACACGCUGACAGGAUGGGGGAGUGAUGACAUUGACGACAUGCUGAACGAAUCGCCUCCUACUGCUCUGGUGAGCAAUGGCGCGGAAGUGGUGAUGUUAUCGAAAAAAGUAUUCCUGAAAUACGUUAACGACGACGUUCGGUGUAUGCUGAGGGAAAACGUCCGAGCAUACCCGAAAGAGACUGUGAUGCAGGACAAUUUGCAGCGGAAGUUGGACUGGGACGAGUAUAAAUCCUCUAUCAUUAGUGACUGGGUCUCCACUCGGACAAUACUACGCGAGAUACACUCCUCCGUGUGACUUCAUUAUACUUUAAACUGGGUAACUAGUGGACGGAAGGGUGUGAAGACUCGACAGGAAAUAUCUCCACUGUGUAUCACUCAUAAUUCAGUUUAAAGAUAGAGGUCCUCAAAUAAGUUAUAGUUAGUUGUCAUAUUCCUCUUAACUCGAAUUAGUUAAUUUUCUAAUUGCAUAAAUACUUCAGCUUUACCGAGCGACUUUUACCAUUUCACAAUUAUCUAAUGAGAGUAAGUUACACAUGAUAGCUGACAAUCAUGAGUUUGAGGAUUUAUUUUAUUUUCAUAGCGUUCAAAAUUCCCGUUUCUGGACGGGAAAAUAAUUGCCAUAAAUCAUUACGUCAUAGUAGAAAAACAGACAAUUUCUUUCAAUGAGCAAUACAUGUACCAUAAAGGAAUCAUGGAUACAGAUGCAAAAAGGGUUAAGACUAUAAUGGAAGGAACACUCCUAGGAGUGUUGAAAUGGGACUGUUUUCAUCUUUGGUACAAUCACCUUCAGUUGUUGAAAUAGCAUUUUACUAUUCGCCAAAUCAUGAUUAAUUCUAAAUUAAAGACAUUAGCACUGAGAUAUGUCCAUGUGUCCGUUGCUUCAAACCCGAUCUGCGCAAUAUCCAUAGGAACCACAAGCUGGGUUAAAUAUUGCUCGGGUCAGGUCCGAAUGUCAUAGAUUAAAUCAAAAACUAAAGUCAACAAUUAUUUUAUUGUAUGUAAUUUAACAGUUCAAUCACUCAUCCCCUCAGGUCACACUUGAUCCAGUGCCGUUUUGCAUCAUUCUGCUACAAAGUAGACAAAGUUAAAACGUUCAUUAACAAAAUCAUAUUCAUGUACGUGUAUUCCAUAUUAUUCAGGUUUAAGUGAUCAAAUUGAUUAUAUUUUACCGUAUUGUUGAUACUUGUGUUUCCAGAUCUGAUAAAAAUGUCCUCAGACCUUGUAGUCGGUUAGUUCACAGUGAUCUAUGACUUAUAGAACCACGUAUCUUGUAGUGGCAGUCCUCAUCAAAACGCUGUCACUAUACAUCAUAUAGUAACCGACUCAUUAGCAUCACACGACAGUCGAUUAACUGUCACUAUACCUCAUAUAGUAACCGACUCAUUAGCAUCACACGACAGUCGAUUAUCUGUCACUAUACAUCAUAUAGUAACCGACUCAUUAGCAUCACGCGACAGUCGAUUAACUGUCACUAUACAUCAUAUAGUAACCGACUCACUAGCAUCACAUGACAGUUGAUAAACUGUCACUAUACAUCAUAUAGUAACCGACUCAAUAGCAUCACAUGACAGUCGAUUUAAACUUAUAUUUAUAUGUGAUAUAAACUUAGUGUAAUGAUGACCACUGAAAGUUGUCUUGACUUUGUACUGACAAACAUAAGAUAGCAAUUGUGAUGACCAUGCCAGUAAAACCAUACAUAACAGACGAUGUCCGAUGUUUUUAAACGAUGUACAGUUUCAAACAACAUAACAAAGAUAGUGAAAUAAAGAAAACUUUUUGCAUCUGCUCAAUACGUAGUUUUAUCAACUAGAAAAGGGUGUAUGCUACAUUCGGGCGGUGUCCUGAAUUAAGAACAGCAACAUCAGGAAACACGUAUCCUUCCUGUUUAUCGUGCUUAAGUUCACGAUUACAUCAAUUCCUCAAUUUCUGUUAUUUAUGUAGUAUAUUUGAUUCUAAUUAACUUAAAUUUUAUUCUAAAUUAUUAAGUAUCAGUUUUCCUAUGGUUUACAAAACUACGUAUUGACCUCAACUAAAGGAUAUAUUUGUAUAUAUUACCAUAUUAUACCACAUCGGCGCGAUAGAUAUGUAAUGAUAGUGCUGUCUUUAAGUAAAUAAGAUGAUUAUUUUGUAAGAUAGUCGAUCAGUUUGUUUACUGAAAAUGACCUGAAUAAAUUAUCAGU